AUGGCCGACACAGCAAUGGACGUAGACGUCGAGGUCGCAGACGCGCCCGUCGCCGACACCACCGCUGCCUCCUCCGAGGAACCGAAGAACGCAUCCAUGCAGACUCUCACCAACGCCACGGCGGUGCGCUCCAUCGAGGGCUGGAUCAUCAUCGUGUCGAAUGUGCACGAGGAGGCCAACGAGGAGGAUAUCACGGAUAAGUUUGCCGAUUUUGGAGAGAUCAAGAAUCUGCACCUGAAUUUGGACCGGAGGACGGGUUAUGUCAAGGGAUACGCACUGAUUGAAUACCCAACACUCGACGAGGCGCGCGCAGCAGUCAAUGGCGCGAACGGCACGAAACUCCUGGAUCAAACCGUAACGGUCGAUUUCGUCUUCGUGCGGCCACCACCGAAGAAGGGCGGGAGAGCGCCUGCUGCGAAAGGGAGGGCAAGGUCACGAUCGAGGAGCCCGGAGAGGAAUCGCGAGGAGGAGAUGGCCGAAUGA